CGAUCGCAUAUCGAUCACCACGACAACGAGACGCUCUCAAGCUUGAGGAGUCGGGAAUAAAUUAUAAAUUAUCUCCUUUUUUCAAGAUCAUGAUGUAAAUAUUGUACAUACCCAGCAUUCUAUAGUUCUGGUUUCAUAGAAGAAAAAUUUAAAAAAAAAAACACAAAAAAUGGAGCAUCAACUUACAAGGCAGAACACCCUUCCUGCAGAGCCCUUACCAGGAACAAAGAGUUUCCGUUCUGGUAGCGUGGGUAGCCUUGGAACAGAACUCACCGCUGGUACUAAGAGUCUACACAUCUUGGAUGAUGCUGAACGAAAAGACAAGGAAGAGCAAGAACUGAAUGAGAAAGUGGAAGCACUCUUAUUGGACAAAGUUAAGAAGGGAGACAAAGUUGCUACCUUCCAGCUUGGUCAGUUUUACUUUGAACAGGAGAGAUACAAGGAGGCUAAGAAAUACUUCUAUGACAUCAGAGAGAAUGAUCUACAAGCACAGUACCAGUUGGGUAUCAUAUACUUUGAUGGACUGGGCACAGAUAAAGAUAUGAAAAGGGGUUUUGAGUAUAUGAAGGGUGUUGCAGACUCUGAUGCUAAAUGGGCCCAGCAUCUGAUCCCCUGUGCCCAGUACAACAUAGGACGUGCCUAUUAUGAAGGAUGUGGGGUGAAGCAGUCAGACAGUGAAGCUGAGAGGUAUUGGAUCUUAGCAGCGGAUGAUGGUAAUCCCAAAGCCAGCAUCAAAGCUCAAACAGCUCUAGGAAUGUUCUACUGCAGAGAUGAAACAAAAGAUCUGAAAAAGGCUUUCUUCUGGCAUUCAGAGGCAACAGGGAAUGGGAGCCUGGAAUCACAAGGUGCUCUUGGGAUUUUGUAUGCUACAGGCCAGGGUUGCAAGAAAGACGUAGACUCUGCGUUUGAGUGCUUAAAGGAAUCUGCUGAGCGAGGGAAUGUAUAUUCCAUGGGUCAUUUAGUAGCUCACUAUUACUCCACCAAACUAUAUACAAAGGCAGCAGAACUUGCUGCAAGAUUAUCGCAGGUUGAUAACUUCCAGGAGAUAAGUAAAGCGACGGACUGUUUACCUGUGUUCCUAGCAAAGGGCGUGGCUAUGGGAUGCUUUUACUACGCCAGGUGUCUUCAUCUUGGUCAUGGGGUCAAGAAAGAUAAAGAUCUGGCACAACAUUACUACUCAAGAGCCUUUCAGUUUGAUGGUGGGACCACACAAAGAUUACAGAAUAUGGUUACGCAUGGACAGAUAUAAAUAAUAUAAUAUGGUUACGCAUGGACUGAUAUAAACAAUAUAAAGCAAGCAUAAGAUAGGGGAUGUUAUGUCUCAUCUGUAUAGCAUACUCUAACUUGUCUGCUCCAUACAAUCCACUUUUAAGCUUCUUUAUACAGUAAAAUAAGCAUUGAAAGUUAGUGGAUAUAUGUGUUUCAUUGUGUUUUCUUUUCAAAGAUACUCUCACUUUCCACGCAAAGAUUUUUACAUUGUCAGUGCCUUAUACUGUACUUGUGGAUCUGAGAAUGGCAAACAAACACAAAACAUGAACAAAUAUUAUAAAGAUUAAGUCAAUGAAUGAACAGAGCAAUACCCAGUCCUACAUUAUGCAUUUUCAUAUUAUAGAGCCUUAGGAACAAGCUUUUUGAAGAUCAAAUCAAAGAAUAAGCAAACAAAGCAAUAUAUGAACAUCUAUAUUCAAAGUGCCUAUCUAGCAAUGGUGUUAUUUACAGUAUUUAAGAGACUUUAAUGUAAAGUAUAGAAUUACAUUAUAUCACAGCUUUGCUACACAAGUCUGAGAUAACACUUGGUAUUUAUAUACAUUUGAUGUAAAAUUGUCUUUUUACUAUUCAACACUGACACUACAUGUAUGACAAUGCACAUCCAAAAUUGUAGAGCUUCUUUCCAAAGGGGUUCUAUUUUUCAUCGAAUUUCAUUUAUUGGCCUAACUAGUAGCUUGAGGAGAUGACAGCAAGGAAAUUUGAAAUUCCCAUGAAAAACUAUUGAGAAAUAGCCUAGAAAAAAGGAACUUUAUUUUCAAAAUUCACUGCCCUGUGCAUUUAAAAUGCCCUUACAACCUGAACAUAAGCAUUUUUUUUUGUUGAUGAACGGUAUUCAUAAACUACAUUUAGUGUUGUGCAAUUCGAGCAUCUAGAUAUGUAUCAAAGUUUAUCUUAAUUGUUCAGAGAUUUUUUUUUCGGUGGGGGGGGGAGUUUAUUUUCCCAACUUCCAAAGCUUUACCUUGAUAAAAAAAAGUACUCCUGGUGAGAAUUUCAUGAGAAUUUUUGGUCAGUGAUUUUCACCUGCUAAUAUGCACUCAAUGAUUUACAGUAGUUUAUAACAAUAAUAAAUAAGUGACACUUCUGGAUUAUUUAGGCCUUUUCACAUGUGAAUCUUCAUUGAAAUAAUGAUUGCAAUUCAUCUUUAGAAUCAUCAAACCUUUCACACAAAAAUUGUACUGUAAUUUGAGUGAAACUUAACUGGAAUUCACCUGUGGAAUAGAAUUUGAAUUUGUGAUUGUGAUUAGUGUUCGUGAUUCUAGUUUGGUUUCACACGUGCUAAAAAUUUGUCAUUAGCCUUAUUUUUUACUGGAAUCAUCAUUCAAAUUACCAAUUUGUUUUUUACUGUGUGAAAGGGCGGUUUGUUUCAUGAAAUGCUCCUCAGAUCUCAUUCCUGCCUGGCAGACUCAGCAUGCCUGAUAUAUGAAUUCAUUUGUUGGCAUUACGUGGUGUGUUUGUGAUCUCGGGGAAAAAAGCUGCACUGAUGCUAUUGUCUCUUAUUAUCUCCUUAGUGAUUGACAUUCAUUUUUAUGUGGAUGCAUUGUUUGAGUUUUCCUUUUCAGAAAGUACCUUCUUUCCAAAUCAUUUGAAUAAUGAAACAUAUUCAGAUAUUAUAUGAAUAAAAUGUAAGUUAUCUGCAUCUGUUUAAUAUCAAGAAUCAACUUGCUUUUUGUUGAAGGGAACCUUUGAAAAACAAAUCUUAUGAACUUCCCCAUUCAUACCUUGCUGAACUUUUAUUGCCUUCUUCACCCAGAAAAAACAACAAUUUGGACUGUGUUCUUAUUUUACACUUGAUUGUCUUGUGUUUGUGCAAAAAAAUAAUUUCUGAAUUAUCACAGCUAUUGAAUUUUAUAUGUUAUAAAUAUAUUAGAUAUGAAUACAUGUGUAUUUAUCAUGUUUAUGAAAUACAGUGUAAAAACAAGCAAUAAUCUUAAUGGUAUUUAUUUGAAGUUGAUAUAUAUAUGAAAGAGAAUUAAAGGGUAUUUUCUAUUUCUCUGCAAAUAUGAUUAAUGAACAGUAGAUAACACAGCACAAUAUGUAACUUCCUCCUUUUUCAAAAAAGUUUUUUACAGGAACUGUUUUUAGCAGAACAUUAGGCUGUGAUGUUGCUACCUUUACGAGUUAACUUGAUUUUGAAAAUGAUAUUGAUCCAUCAAAUAAUGCAUGGAUGAGUGCACAUUAAACCAAAAAUGUCAUUUUCCAAAAGUUUUAUGGGGGAUUUGUGAGCCAGAGUUUUUGAGCUAUCCUAUGACUCCUGUCCAUCAUGACAUAUUUUUAUUUACAAUUUUGACAUUUCAAUGAGCUCAAUCAAAUGAUUUUCAUCUUUUAUUUUUUUAAAUUGAGAAUUCGAUGAAAAUUCAUUGAUGUUUGGAGGUGAAAUCUAACAACAAUUUCAAUUUUGUAAAUGACCUAGUUGUUUUCAUAAAUUUCAAAAUUGUACAAACAAGCAUUUUUUACAUUAAACUAAUUGUCUGAAUGAAGGGAAGCAUUUUUUUCUGUUAAUUAAGAAUAAGUAAUGACCCAUGUAACAUUUUGAAAAGUGGCAAUUUGAUUUCAAUGCAUGUUAACUCAUGCUAGACCCAAAUGAUGGGAUUUCCAAUUAGUCAAUAUUUGUAGAAGACUCCUGUAAAAUUGUUUUGCUCAAACCUGUAACAUGAAUUGGUUAUGAUACUUUUGUAAAAGGAAGAGUUAGUUUUCAUGUGUGUGUAUGAGAACAAAAUUAUUGAAUUUGGAGGUAGACUUUACCAGAGUAAAAAUUUUGUGAAGUAUCCAGUCCAAACACAACUUAAUUGUAAUUCAAACAUGCUUUGACUUGGGAAGAAUGAUCUAUUUUUUGUAGCAUUGUAUAAAUUAAUCUGUACAUUAAAAGAUUCUGAUAACUUAUUGAAAAAUGA